AUGGAGGCUCAUAAUACUUUGUCUGAGUGCAAGAUUGACAUUGACAUUGCAGAGAACAAAAUUAUUUCUAGAAAGAUUAGAUUGGUAGAAGCAACGAGCCAAAUUUCAAAAGAAAUGAAUGAUUUUUGGAUUAAACUUAGAAGAAAUGUGUGGAAUCUGGGCAAAGAUGAUCCAAGGAGAGUUAUACAUGCAAUCAAAGCUGGUCUUGCAAUGUCAGUAGUGUCUCUGUUUUAUUUAGCCGAUCCACUCUUCAGUGGAAUAGGAGACAAUGUCAUUUGGGCUAUCAUGACAGUAGUUGUGGUUUUUGAGUUCACUGCAGGUGCCACGUUAUUCAAAGGUUUGAGCAGAGGAGUGGGAACUUUGCUCGGAGGUUCUCUUAGUGUAUCAAUUGAUUAUUUGGCAGAGAAAGCUGGACCAUCAGGCCAAGCUAUAUCUAUUGUUGUUUCAAUUCUUAUGCUGGGCACUGCAGCAACAUAUUCUCGUUUCUUCCCCAAAGUGAAGAGCAAAUAUGAUUAUGGAGUAGUAAUAUUCAUUUUAACAUUCAAUUUUAUAACAGUCUCUGGUUACCGAGUUAACAAUUUAUUUCAAAUGGCCUGGGAGAGGGUAUCCACAAUUGCAAUUGGGUGUGGCAUUUGUCUCAUUUUAAGUUUGUUUGUUUCUCCAAUUUGGGCUGGAGAGGACGUCCACAAUUCCCUUGUAGCUAAACACCAAGGCCUAGCUGAAUCCAUUGAAGCCUGCUUGGAAGAAUACUUCAAGGCAUCUCCAGAGUGUACUGCACAGAAUGCAGAUGAAUCCCACAAGUCUCUAGAAGAUACAAUCUACCGUGGUUAUAGAGCUGUUCUAGAUUCUAAAACCAGCAUUGAAGAAUCCAUGGUGAACUUUGCAAGCUGGGAGCCUCCUCAUGGAAACUUCGGAUUCAGACAUCCAUGGAAGCAAUAUUGCAAAGUAGGAAGCAUGCUACGUAACCUUGCUUAUACUGUUGGAGCUUUGCAUGGUUGUUUACACUCUGAGAUUGAGGCAAGUCGUUAUAGUCGUUUGGUAUUCAGAGAACAAUGCACCAAAGUUGGGGAAAAAGUGGCAGAAAUAUUGAAAGAACUUGGAAACAGCAUAAAAUGCAUGCAUCAAUGUAGAGCUUCAGUGUCCAUGAUGGAAGAGCUUAAUGCUUCAGUACAAGAAUUAAACAUGGCCUUCCAUCUUCAGCCGCGUCUCUUAUUCCAUAUAAUCUCAAAAAACCCUACAGAAGACCAUUGGAUUCCACCUCUGAAUUCUCCCCAAAAUUUCACACAAGGAAUACAACAUGAUUUAGCUCAAUCCAAUGAAUCUCAAAUCUCUAAAGAAAAUAACGAACAAAUCUCGGAAUUGUUCCCAGUGGAAGACCACGAACUUAACAGAAAAGCAGAGAGCAGUUAUUUGUUGGCAGCUAUUGGUCAUCAAUCUUGCAAGAACACUCACAGCGCAGAAUUUGCAGAGACACUUCCUAUUGCUACCUUUGCAUCCCUUCUAAUAGAUAUGGUUAACAGACUUGAAUAUGUUAUAGAGGCUGUUGAAGAACUUGGAAAGCUAGCAGCCUUCAAGACCAAGUGCUAA